UGUUUAUAGUAGGAACACCUGACAAAUGAUGCUGGCAGCUGGCAGUCAUACUUCACACCAAAUUCUAGGUCGAAGCAAUUGUGCAAGCUCGACAACCAAUCACGACGGCCAUUUUCCUAUGACCCAAAAAUUCCAGAUUCAUUCCCCGAUGACAAGAAAUCAAUCUGAUCAUGAACGAAGCCAGUAUUGGCGUUGAGUACCUCUCGGUAGGUGCCAAUAGGCAAACUGCCGUUGCCGACUGGAACGAAAACGGUAUCGUUGCCUUUGGCGCCGAUUCGAACGUCGCCCUCUGGCAGCCCAGCAGUUCUGUACCAAAGGGUGUCACAAGUCUGUUAAAUGGCCAUAAAGAAACUGUCAAAGCUGUCAAAUUCCUUCCUCGGGCAGAGGGUGAGACCGAGUCAUAUCUCCUCACUGCAGCUGAUGACCAGCAACUGAAGGUCUGGAAGUUGGGGCGAGAUGGCUCUGUAUCAUGCAUUCAGACAAUACAUGAACAUACGGCGGCUAUCAACUGCAUAGCGACCUUGCGGGACCGUGUCCAACGAGAGCCUAGGAUAUUUGCCACCGGAGCCGCCGAUGCCUCAAUCAAGCUCUGGAGUUUUGAAGCUGGGGAGGCUCGACUUUUACAGACAAUCAGGACGACGCCGAAAUUUUUCCCUCUUUGCAUAGCACUGAGUAACCUGAAUGAAGCUGGCGAUGCCCUGGUGCUUGCCGCCGCAGGCACUAGGGAUAUUGUCCAGGUAUUUGUCGCAGACUCGGUCUCCGCGCCCAAAUUUGAACUUCAAGCUACACUUUCAGGCCACGAAGGCUGGUUGAGAUCUCUUGACUUUAUUUUUGAAAGAAGUGGGCUCCAGAGCGAUCUCAUCCUGGCCUCUGCUAGUCAAGACAAGUAUGUUCGUCUCUGGCGAUUCCACCAGGGCGAGGAGCUGCCGACAGCACCGACGAACGGCGCCGACCCAACCAUGGGUGCAGGUGCGUUCCUGCCAGGCAAAUCCCCCUCCAACAAAGCUCACCGCCUGAGGGUGGCUGGCAACGAUUUCUCUGUCACAUUUGAGGCGCUUUUACUUGGUCAUGAUGAUUGGAUAUACAGCGCCAAAUGGUUCUCAAACCCCGAUGGCGAGAAAUUGCAACUGCUCUCCACUUCAGCAGAUAACACGCUCGCAAUUUGGGAAGCAGAUCCCUCAUCAGGGAUUUGGGUCACUACAGUGCGACUUGGGGAGAUCAGUCGAGAGAAGGGAGCCACCACCGCGACAGGAAGCACUGGCGGUUUCUGGACGGGCCUGUGGUCUCCCGAUGGGAACUCCGUGGUAUGCCUGGGCCGGACUGGAAGUUGGAGACGAUGGGACUACAGCGGAAAUAGUGACCAGUGGAUGCCAAACAUCGGUACCAGUGGGCAUACUAAGUCCGUCACGGGGAUUGCGUGGUCCAAGAACGGAGACUAUCUACUUUCUACGAGUACUGACCAGACAACACGGCUUCAUGCGCGAUGGAAAACAGAUGCCGGGAACAAAUCAUGGCACGAGAUGGCUAGACCGCAGAUCCACGGCUACGAUCUGAACUGCAUAGACUCCAUCGGAUCGUCGCAAUUCGUCUCUGGCGCCGACGAGAAGUUGAUGCGCGUAUUUGCUGAGCCCAAGGCAGUAGCGAAGCUCCUGAACCGCCUGUGCGACAUUGGCGAUUCAAACAUCGAUGAAAUGCCCGACGCCGCCAACAUGCCCGUGCUGGGACUUUCCAAUAAAGCCAUCGAGGCAGUGGACGACGAUCAAGAAAUCCAAACUGCCAACCCCGAGAAAGACCGCGAAGCCCUCGACCCCGGGUCCAUGGUACGAAAAUCCGUUUUGGAAAUCGACCACCCGCCCUUAGAGGACAGCCUUUCGCGGCACACGCUCUGGCCCGAAGUCGAAAAGCUCUACGGCCACGGAUACGAGAUCUCAUGUUUGGGGGUGAGCCACGAUGGCACGCUAAUAGCCAGCGCGUGUAGGGCGACUUCCAUCAACCACGCUGUCAUUAGGAUCUUCGAGACGGACCGGUGGACCGAGGUCAAACCGCCCCUAUCCGCACACACUCUGACCGCGACUCGUCUUAGGUUCUCGGCCGAUGACAGACACUUGUUGAGUGUUGGCCGAGAUAGACAAUGGGUUGUUUUCGAAAGAGAUGGCGAUGACAAGGCGAGCUAUAAGCUCUUGCAGGCGAACCCAAAGGGCCACUCGAGGAUGAUCCUAGAUGCCGCCUGGGCUCCGGCAAGUGACUCAAUUGUGUUCGCGACUGCGGGCCGAGACAAGCAGAUCAAGGUAUGGAGAAAGGGGGCCUCGGACGCAACGAUAACUUGUGUGACUACUAUACCGGGCACACAUCCGGUGACAGCGGUCGACUUCCUGCCGCGCAAGACCGAGGACGGAAAGCUUGUACUCACCGCUGGAUACGAAGAAGGGAAGAUUUCGAUUCAUCUUAUUGAGGCGGCAAGCCUCAAAGUGAUAUCAAGUACGCCCCUGAAACAGGAACUCUGCCUCGCAAAGGCUGUAACGCAGCUCUCCUGGCGACCAGGUACUGAGAACAAUGAGCUAGCGAUAGCGGGCGAAGACGCCUCAUUGAGGGUGUAUUCGUUUUCCACCACUACGUGAAAACAGCUACAAAAUAGACAUUAUUCUUGGAAACCGUAAUUCCUGUCCCCGUCUCAGACCCGCGAAAUCUCUCUGCGGAACUCUACACCUUGAACGCCGGCUCAAUGCCAUUCCAAUGUCAUACCACUGUUCGCAAACAAUUAUAGCCCCACCGCCUAUUUCAAGCACAUGCAUCAUAGGUUUAGGGUGAGUAUUAGUCGUCACCGGCCUUAUCGUCAUCUG